AUGGCCCAACACGAGAUUAUGAUGAAAGAGGCUGCAUGGUAUAGGUUUGAUGGGGCUAUAACGACCAGCCGCAGCAGGCUCGGGCUCAUGUGUGUGUGUGUGUGUGUGUGUGUGUGUGUGUGUGUGUGUGUGUGUGCGUGCGUGUGCGUGCGUGCGUGCGUGCGUGAGUGCGUGCGUGCGUGCGUGCGUGCGUGCGUGCGUGCGUGCGUGCGUGCGUGCGUGUGUGCGUGCGUCCCCCCUCCUCUUUUCCUCGUGUAA